GGUAUCUGUUUUACAAUGGCUGGGUUUUGCUUUCACAUAGAGCCAGAGUAUCCUUUUCCUGGAACCAAGCGUGACUCAAAGCCUUUACUAAUAGGGAUGCCAAAGGAAAAAUAUGAUCCUCCAGAUCCUCGCAGAAUUUAUACCAUCAUGUCAGCAGAGGAGGUAGCCAAUGGGAAAAAAUCUCACUGGGCAGAAUUAGAAAUCUCGGGUAGAGUGCGGAGCUUAAGUACAUCACUUUGGUCAUUGACACACUUGACAGCGCUGCACCUAAAUGACAAUUACCUUAGUCGCAUUCCACCUGAUAUUGCCAAGCUUCAUAAUCUGGUUUACCUGGAUCUGUCAUCCAAUAAACUCAGAAGUUUACCAGCAGAACUAGGAAACAUGGUGUCUCUCAGGGAAUUGCUUUUAAAUAACAAUCUGUUACGGGUUUUGCCUUAUGAACUUGGUCGGCUCUUCCAGCUACAAACUCUAGGUUUGAAAGGCAAUCCUUUAUCACAGGAUAUUCUCAAUUUAUACCAGGACCCAGAUGGAACCCGAAAGCUACUGAACUUCAUGCUUGACAAUCUUGCAGUUCAUCCAGAGCAGCUUCCUCCGAGGCCAUGGAUUACAUUAAAAGAACGAGACCAAAUUCUGCCAUCAGCAUCAUUCACGGUUAUGUGUUACAAUGUGUUAUGUGAUAAAUAUGCCACCCGGCAGCUAUAUGGCUAUUGCCCAUCCUGGGCAUUAAACUGGGAAUACAGGAAAAAGGGAAUUAUGGAAGAAAUUGUUAACUGUGACGCAGAUAUCAUUAGUCUUCAGGAAGUGGAAACAGAGCAAUACUUCACUCUCUUUCUGCCAGCAUUGAAGGAGCGUGGAUAUGAUGGAUUUUUUUCUCCAAAGUCACGUGCCAAAAUCAUGUCUGAGCAGGAGAGAAAGCAUGUGGACGGUUGUGCAAUAUUCUUCAAAACAGAAAAAUUUACAUUGGUGCAGAAGCAUACGGUGGAAUUUAACCAAGUGGCAAUGGCUAAUUCAGAUGGAUCCGAAGCUAUGCUGAACAGAGUGAUGACAAAAGAUAAUAUCGGUGUCGCUGUGGUAUUAGAGGUCCACAAAGAACUAUUUGGAGCAGGUAUGAAGCCUAUUCAUGCUGCAGACAAACAGCUGCUUAUAGUGGCAAAUGCCCACAUGCAUUGGGACCCAGAGUAUUCUGAUGUGAAACUCAUUCAGACCAUGAUGUUUGUCUCAGAGGUUAAAAACAUUCUGGAGAAAGCCUCAAGCAGGCCUGGCAGCCCAACCGCAGAUCCUAAUUCCAUCCCGCUGGUGCUAUGUGCAGAUCUUAACUCAUUGCCAGAUUCAGGUGUUGUGGAAUAUUUAAGCAAUGGAGGAGUAGCUGACAACCACAAAGACUUCAAGGAACUAAGGUACAAUGAAUGUCUUAUGAACUUCAGCUGCAAUGGGAAGAAUGGAAGCUCAGAAGGGAGAAUCACACAUGGCUUCCAACUGAAGAGCGCCUAUGAAAAUAACUUGAUGCCUUACACCAAUUACACCUUUGAUUUCAAAGGUGUGAUUGACUACAUUUUCUAUUCCAAGACUCAUAUGAACGUGCUUGGUGUCCUGGGGCCUUUAGAUCCUCAAUGGCUGGUUGAGAACAACAUCACUGGGUGUCCACACCCUCACAUCCCUUCAGACCACUUCUCACUGUUAACACAACUUGAACUCCACCCUCCACUCCUGCCUCUUGUCAAUGGUGUUCACUUGCCUAACCGGAGGUAGUGGAGUACUACCCCGCCAAGACGGGGAUCUGUUGCUAUGGACCUGUAC